GUACACAGAGCAGCCUUGGCCCCGGGGUUGAUGUUGCGGAUGGAUGAUGUGGCUUUAUCUGCGAGCUGACAGCAGCCUGGCCUUGCUGUCUGGUUAUAUAGAGCCCGGCACGCCGGAUGCACCGACAGUAUCUCCAUUCGCUCCAGAGCACCAACACAGGUUUCCUUGACGACGCGCUACAGAACAAUAUGCUGCCUGCAACUUUCAAGCUGUGUGCCGGCAUCUCCUACCGCCACGCAAGUACUAUGACAGGACUGAGGAAGACGGCCAUGGUCGCCAUUAACCAUGAGCUCAGCCGGCUCUCAGGCCCAGGGCCCAGCAGCUGGAUCAACCGGGUCCGCCGGAGGAGCUCCCUGCUGAGUAGCAGGAUUGAGGAGAAGAUCAUGAGUGAAAUGGACAUGUCCUACAUCAAACAAGGGGAGGAGGCCCUGCACAAGUCAAUCAGCAUCCUCAGCGACCAGGAUGGCUGGCACACGGAGACGGUGGCAGCAAACGGAGACAAGGUCCUGAGCAAAGUGCUGCCGGACAUUGGGAAAGUGUUUAAGCUGGAGGUUCUACUGGACCAGCGGCCUGACAACCUGUACGGUGAGCUGGUAGACAACAUGGAGCAGAUGGGCGAGUGGAACCCCAAUGUCAAGCAGGUUAAGAUUCUGCAGAGGAUUGGCCAGGACACCAUGGUGACCCAUGAAAUGGCGGCGGAGACGCCGGGGAAUGUGGUUGGGCCGCGGGACUUCGUGAGUGUGCGCUGUGCCAAGCGCCGCGGGUCCACCUGCUUCCUGGCCGGGAUGUCCACGCAUUACGCCGGGAUGCCAGAACAGAAGGGCUUUGUUCGAGCCGAGAACGGACCGACGUGCAUCGUUAUGAGACCCAGUGCCGAAGACCCCAGUAAGACCAAAUUCACCUGGCUGCUCAGUAUAGACCUGAAGGGUUGGAUACCGAAGACCAUAAUCAACAGGGUGCUGUCCCAGACCCAGGUGGACUUCGCUCAGCACCUGAGACAGAGGAUGGCGGCCGGCGACGCCACGGAGACAGCUCAGGCCUGCUGAUGCCACAACCGCGCUCUCUUCCCCCCCCCCGUGAGGCACGUCCACACUGACUACCGCCCCUCCUAGGAACCACCGUCACGCUCCUGUCCGCACCCGAGGAAUAACGGACCCCUUCCACAUCGACGGGGUGACUCACCACUCCCGUCGCGCACGCUGAAACCGCUUUCUCCAACGCAGAACAGCACAGUAUCGAAUAUUGUCUUCUGACCUGGAUCGUCGCUCAUGUUCCCAGAGCUCAACACCCGCUGCUCUCCCGGUGGCGGGACUAAUGACAUUCCGUGACCUUUUCCCAGAAUGCACAACUUUCUGUUAGCAUUGCCGUUCAUCCGUAGCUCGCUGUGUACGUGCCUCACCCAGGGAAGAUCUGCGUGAGGACUGGAAGUUGGCCUAGAUUUAAUUCUACCCCCUUUCUACGUAGAAUUUGCACUUUGUAUUUUGUUUCCCGUAUUUAUUGCAAAUGAAAACUGCUGUGAAACACCUUGAGUGAGCAAAUAAAUUAUGACAAUUAUUGCA